AUGACCACUAUUCGUGUCAUCCUCACUCUUGCUUCUGCAAAUAAAUGGCAGCUUCAACAACUCGAUGUGAGUAAUGCUUUACUCCACGGUGACUUGUCUGAAGAGGUUUAUAUGACAAUUCCUCAAGGAUUGCAAGGACAUGGCUCUUCUCAAUGUUGUAAACUCAAAAAAUCUCUAUAUGGUCUCAAGCAAGCUAGCCGCAAAUGGUAUGAAAAGCUUUCUGAUCUUCUUAUUUCAUCCGGUUACCAACAAUCACAUGCAGAUCAUAGUUUAUUUAUCAAACACAAUGGAUAUAAAUUUACAACUUUGUUGAUCUAUGUGGAUGACAUUGUUUUAAGUGGGAAUUUUGCUGCUGAAAUGGCCCAAAUCAAAAAUAUUCUUCAUUCAAAUUUUCGAGUUAAGGAUUUAGGAGCAUUGAAAUACUUUAUGGGUUUAGAAAUAAAUCACUCUGCUGAUGGCAUAUAUGUAUCACAAUGUAAAUACUAUCUUGAGUUGCUUGUUGAUUUUGGAAUGAUGGGUUGCAAACCUUGUUCAACACCUAUGGACAGUUCAUUGCGGCUGCAUCAAGAUGAUUCUAGUGAUCUUCUUGAUGAUCCUUUAUCCUAUAGGCAUCUUGUUGGUCAUCUAAUUUAUCUCUCCACAACCCGUCCUGACAUUGUUUUUGCAACCCAACAACUCAGCCAAUUCAUGGCUCAUCCCACAAAGUCUCAUCUUGGUGCUGCAAGGAGAGUCUUGAGAUACCUGAAGGGUUCUCCAAGCAAAGGUCUUCAAUUCAAGAGGGACAUUCUUAUACAUUUAAUUGGCUUUAGCGAUUCAGAUUGGGCGACUUGUGUUGACACCCGCAAAUCAAUCACAGGUUAUUGUUUCUUCGUUGGGAACUCUCUAGUGUCAUGGAAAACAAAAAAGCAAAAUACAGCGUCUUGUUCGUCUUCGGAAGCGAAGUAUCAUGCUCUUUCUACAAGUACAUGUGAACUACAGUGGCUCACAUAUCUUCUCAAUGAUUUUAGAAUAUGUUGUUCCAAACCUACAACAUUAUAUUGCGACGACCAAAGUGCACUUUACAUUGCAUCAAGUCCAGUGUUUCAUGAGAGAACAAAACACUUGGAAAUUGACUGCCAUCUUAUUCGAGAAAAGGCUCAAGCAGGUCUAAUGCGGUUGCUGCCAGUUCCAUCCUCUCAUCAGCUUGCUGACAUGUUCACUAAGGCAUUACCACCUCAUCUCUUCAAGUCAAAUGUAUCCAAGCUGGAGUUAAUUGAUCUUUAUACACCUCCAGCUUGA